AUGGCCGCCGUUCAGUCGCUCGCAGGCGCGCCCGUACUCUCUACGCCUGACACGCACAUCUUCGAAGAUCCCACUCCCGCUGUAGACACGUCGAGUCUACCCAGACUUUCCGAUGAGCAGAUCACGCUCACCUAUGAGAUCGAGCGGACGGUUAAGGAGAUCCGCGAGGGGAGGUGGAAGAGGAUCGCGUUGCAGUUCCCGGAUCACAUGCUUACUGAUGCGCCGAGAGUGUAUGAGCAGCUGAGUCGGGGGCUGGGUAAGGCGAGGAAGGCGCGGGACGGGGUGCAAAAGGAGAAUGGACACACAAAUGGGACAACAGGCGUGGAAGAAAUCAGCGCGGGCUUGGAGAAGGCGGCGAUAAGUGAAGAAGAGAGCAAAGACGAGAGUCUGUUUAUACUGGGUGACACAUCAUACGGCGCAUGCUGUGUAGACGAAGUUGCAGCAGAGCACGUUGAUGCGGAUGUCGUCGUGCAUUACGGGCGCUCAUGUCUCUCGCCUCCUUCAAGACUACCAGUCGUAUACGUCUUUACUGAGCGACCGCUAGAUCUCGACCCCGUAAUCGCAACAUUCCAAGAAACAUAUCCAGAAAAAGACGCAAAGAUCAUCCUCAUGGCCGACAUACCAUACUCGCACUACAUCCCCACGCUCCACACACGCCUCCAAGACGCCGGCUACACACACAUCCACGCCACCGAAAUCGUACACAACCCAUCGUCGCCGCUUCCAAACCGAACGAUACCACCGAACACAACAGAAACAGACGAAGCCCUUCACGACUACGCCCUCUUCCACAUCUCCGACCCCCCAACGUCCCUCCUCCUCACCCUCUCCUCGCGCGUCGCCUCAAUACACAUCUAUCCCACAGACACCCCCUCCACCACCCCACCCACCGCCUCCCUAGCCCGCACCCACCAAACCCUCAUGCGCCGCUACGCCCUCCUGACCUCCCUCUCCACAACCCCCAUCUUCGGCAUCUUGAUCAAUACACUCUCCGUAAAGAACUACAUGCACAUCCUUUCGCACGUCCAACGGCAGAUCACGGCUGCAGGCAAGAAAUAUUACACCUUUGUCGUGGGCAAAGUGAAUGCAGCCAAGGUGGCUAAUUUCAGUGAGGUCGGGGGGUGGGUGGUGAUAGGGUGUUGGGAGAGUAGUUUGAUUGAGAGCAGGGAGUUUUGGCGGCCGAUGAUCACGCCGUGGGAGCUCAAGGUGGCGUUGAUGGGGGAUGAGGAAAGGGUUUGGACGGGGAGGUGGGAGGGCGACUUUCAGAAGGUUUUGGAUGAGGGGGAGGGGGAUGUGAAAGAAAGCACAGAGGAAGCACAGGAAGAGGUGGGCAGUGGGCAGGACGGAGAAGCAAAUGCAAAUGGCGAUUACGAUUCUGAAGAGGAAUCUGCGCCUCCGGAAUUUGACCUCAGGACUGGGCGCUAUGUUUCGCAUGCAAGACCUAUGCGCUCGAGCGGCGCGACGAAAACCGUUAACGGCAAUGCAACGACGUCGUCGUCUAGUUCGGCGCUGACGAAACGGGCGAAUGGCGAUAUUGCGGCUGUGGGGGGCGUCGCGUCGCCUGGUGCAGAGUAUUUGCGCUCGAAUAGGACGUGGCAGGGCCUGGGUACGGAUUACCGGGACGCGGAAGAUGGAGAAGAGGGGGCUGGUAGGAAAAGGGCGGCUAAGAUGGAAGAGGGAAGGAGUGGAAUUGCGAGGGGGUAUGUUGUUGGUGAGCAGGGGAGUAGGCAUUGA